AUGCCUCAGUACUCAGACUUGGAGGGCGCCAUAAACACGCUGGUCACCCAGUUCCAUUCGGCCUCGGGCGACAACAGUUCCACGCUAAAGUUGGACGAGUUCAAAGGACUUCUGUCCUCUCAGCUGCCCAACCUGGCCAAGGGCUUCAACACAGAGCAAGGCCUGGGCGAGAUCAUGCGGAAGAUGGGCGUAGGUGACGGCGAGGGCAUCUCCUUCUCCCAUUUCUGGAACUUAAUCCAGAAUAUAGCCUCCUCACAGCACAGCCUCCUCGGCGGCACCAAGGGCACCUCGUGCAGCUGCGUCCUCCUGUGA